GGGUCGCUGUGCGGAUCUCAGAGCGAGUCUGCCAGGGAGCCUGGUCUGCGGGCACUGAAGCGGCACAUUGGGGACGAUGGCGGAGGGAGAUAAUCGCAGCACCAACUUGCUGGCUGCAGAGACUGCAAGUCUGGAAGAGCAGCUGCAAGGAUGGGGAGAGGUGAUGCUGAUGGCUGAUAAAGUCCUUCGAUGGGAAAGAGCCUGGUUUCCACCUGCCAUCAUGGGUGUGGUUUCUUUGGUGUUUCUGAAUAUCUACUAUCUAGAUCCAUCUGUUCUCUCUGGUGUUUCCUGUUUUGUUAUGUUUUUGUGCUUGGCUGACUACCUUGUUCCCAUUCUGGCACCUAGAAUUUUUGGCUCCAAUAAAUGGACCACUGAGCAGCAGCAGAGAUUCCAUGAAAUUUGCAGCAAUCUAGUAAAAACUCGACGCAGAGCUGUGGGCUGGUGGAAACGCCUCUUCACACUUAAGGAAGAAAAGCCAAAAAUGUACUUCAUGACCAUGAUCAUUUCUCUUGCUGCGGUUGCUUGGGUGGGACAGCAGGUCCACAACCUUCUUCUCACCUACCUGAUAGUGACUUUCUUACUGUUGCUUCCUGGACUUAACCAACAUGGAAUCAUUUCGAAGUACAUUGGAAUGGCCAAAAGGGAGAUGAACAAGCUUCUUAAGCACAAAGAAAAGAAAAAUGAAUAGUGCAUCUUCUUUAUUCAGUGUGAUUAAUGGAGUAUACAUCGUCCUUGGGAACAGUUUCUAUUAUAUUGUCUAGAUACUAAAGUGUUACACAAGUAGCUCUUUGCUCUUACUCCUGCCCUUAGUUACUAGAAAUUCAGACUUGCCACAUAAGGCUUUAUACAUAGUGUGUCUUUCUCAUCAGUUGGCCUUAUAUGGACAACUCAUUCAUGAAUAUAAUUUGUCUUGAUUUUUCUCACCCAGGGUUAAUUGAAUUCUUAUUUGUAGGCAACUUCCUUUAAAGUAAUAUAGUGGUGAACUUCACCCUUUAGUACUGUUAACAGUGACUUUGGAUAAUUGUUCAAGUUGAUCUUUUCUUUAGCUAGAUAUAAGGCGUAGUGGUCUGUGGCUACAGGAAGCUGGUUCUACCAUCUACUUCCACAGUCUGCCUAAAAAACUGGCUUCAAGAAUAUAGAGACCAAGUUUACCACUUCCGAUGAAGAGACCAAUUAAGAUUAAUUUCUUGUUCUGUUUCUAUACCACGGAGAAAUAUCCUCAUGGAAUAAAAUGAAACUAAUUACAUGCCCUUGUGCAAAACUUGGCAAUUUGUAGAAAACAUUGAUCCUCUGAAAUGGGGAACCUAACAGUCUUAGAGCUCUUGUGCCCUUGCACUUAGCCUUCAAGUGAGUAAGUCCUAAAGGCUUUUUACUAGCAGGCUUCCAAAAGCUUGGAUUUAGGAUUUUUAGCAUUCUUUUAAUUUCAGAUUUUCAGCUGUCUAAAACUAAAGUACAUAAGAGAUGAAGACUCGUGCCUAUGACUUUUAUUCCAAAACCAGCUAAUAAAGGACAAAAGUCUUUCUGUGUUUCGUCAAGAUUCAGUAGAAAAUAAUCUUAUCCUACUCAUUUUUCAUUUCUCAAUUUACGGUAAUGUUGGCUGCUUUGGUCCCCAUAGAUUUGGUCUAGGAGGUGGUGACUGCACUGCAUCUGACUUUUUUCCUAGAUAUUUCUCUAAAAAAUACAAGGGCUGUUGGUGAGAGCAAACUUGUAGAUGAUAGAUGGCCUUAGGCCUGUAGAGAUGUUGCAACUCUUGGAAAGCAUCUUAGAGUCUUUCUCCCCCUCAGUAGCUAGACACUUAGAGUAGUUCAGAUCUGUGGAAUGAACCUCUAAGGGCUGAAAAUGUGACAUAUUUGGGAACAAUUCUGAAGCUGAUUAGCUAGCUGUAAUAUAGUUCUGUGAAUUUAUUGCACUGAUGCUGUAAAACCUGGACCUUGUGGUAUAUCUGUCCCUAAUAAGUGUUGUUUUCUCCCUUUCAAUAUUGCUGUAAACAACGGCACCCAUGUAGCAUAUGUUUGAGUUUUUUAAUGUUUCAUAUGAAAACUACAAGCUACCUUAAUUUACGUGUGUUUCUUUGUUGUAAAUAAGCCUGUCUUAUCUGGGUUUUUUUUUUUUUUUUU